UCUGCCGUCGGCGGCUUCAAGGACGCCGGCCCGGCCCUGGGUCUCGUGCCGGACUCGAUGGCUCCCCUCUGCCUCAAUUGCUCCGAGCUCCCCGGAGAUCUGCCCCCCGGGAGUGCAAGAAGCCUGUUGCCCUGCAACAUCAGUAGGUGGGGAGCAGACUUGAACCUGACGGACGAGCAGCUGAGGCUCAAGUACCUGGGGCCCCAGCAGACAGAGCUGUUCGCACCCAUCUGUGCCACGUACCUGCUGAUCUUCGUGGUGGGCGUGGUGGGCAACGGGCUGACCUGCACGGUCAUCCUUCGCUACAAGGUCAUGCGCACGCCCACCAACUACUACCUGUUCAGCCUGGCGGUGUCCGACCUGCUGGUGCUGCUCGUGGGCCUGCCCCUGGAGCUGUACGAGAUGUGGCGCAACUACCCCUUCGUGCUGGGCGCCGGGGGCUGCUACUUCCGCACGCUGCUCUUCGAGACUGUCUGCCUGGCGUCGGUGCUCAACGUCACCGCCCUCAGCGUGGAGCGCUACGUGGCCGUGGUGCACCCACUGCGGGCCCGGUCCCUGGUGACGCGGGCCCACGUGCGCCGUGUGCUCAGGGCCAUCUGGGGCCUCGCGCUGCUGUGCUCGCUGCCCAACACCAGCCUGCACGGCAUCCAGCAGCUGGAGGUGCCCUGCCGGGGCGUGGUGCCCGGCUCGGCCAUGUGCACACUGGUGCGCCCACAGGCCCUCUACAGCCUGGUCGUGCAGAUCACGAUGCUGCUCUUCUUCUGCCUGCCCAUGGCCACCAUCAGCGUGCUCUACCUGCUCAUCGGGCUGCAGCUGCGGCGGGAGAGGCAGCUGCUGCUCUGGCAGGAGCCCAGGGGCCGGGCCCACUCCAGCAACAGCCGCGGGCUGCAGCGGCCGCAGCCUGGGGGCCACACCCAAGUGACCAAGAUGCUGUUUGUGCUGGUCGUGGUGUUUGGGAUCUGCUGGGCCCCGUUCCACGUGGACCGCCUCAUGUGGAGCUUCAUAUCCCCCGGGAUGGAAGACCUGCAGCUGGCCUUCCAGUACGUGCACGUCGUCUCCGGCGUCUUCUUCUACCUCAGCUCGGCCGCCAACCCCGUGCUGUACAGCCUCAUGUCCAGCCGCUUCCGGGAGACCUUCCAGGACACCCUGUGCCUGGGCAGCCGCUGCCGCCGCCUCAGGCCCCGCGGCAGCUCCCACAGCUUCAGCCGGGUGAUCACAGGCAGCACCCUGUGUGAUGUGGGCUCCCCAAGCAACAGGAUCCACCCUGUGGCUGAGAAGGGGGGCCCUGCGGGGCAGCCAGAGGCGGACCCCUCCUGAGGGGAGCCUCGGGGAGCCACACCUGUAGGAGGAAAGCAACAUUCACACGUCCUGUUUGCGUCCCGCCCCCCUUCAGCCUAGACCAGCGCCUCCAUGACGCACCCCACCCAGCCACUGGAGGGGCAGAAAGCUGCCGCCUGGCUUCUGGACCCCCGAGCCCCCAGUUACAGUCGGUCACUGGCACAGCAGCCCUCCAUCAGGGACCCCCCCAACGCCACCCUAGCUCCUGAUGUUUCCAAGGGGCCCUGUCUUCCCUGAUCAUUUCUUCUUUCUUUCUUUCUUUUUUUUCUUCUAAGAUUUUCUUUUAUUUUUGCAUAGAAGAACUGGG